UAACACGUGACCCGGGGAGCGCGGCAGGAGGAACCAGCAGCCGCCCCGCGUAGGGCCCCGGUCCCCGUGGCACAGCCCGCCAUGGCCCCGUGGCUGCCCACCAAGGAGGAGAAGUAUGGCGUGGCCGUGUGGAACUUCCCGCGCACCAGCGAGCAUCACCUCCCGCUGCAGAUCGGGGAGACGGUGCACAUCCUACAAGCCUCCGAGGGCUGGUACCGGGGGUACUCGCUCAGGAACAGGGCUGCCCGGGGCAUCUUCCCGGCCUCGCUCAUCCACCUGAAGGGUGCCGUGGUGGCGCGCAGGGGGGCGGAGGAGAGCGUGGUGCCCGCCGAGAUGCCCAUGGUGCAGGAGAUCACCACCACGCUGCGGGAGUGGGCCACCAUCUGGAAGCAGCUCUACGUGGCAGGGCAGACGGAGCGGUACGGGCAGGUGAAGCGGAUGAUGUACGAGCUGAUGGAGCGGCGCUCGCAGCUGCUCUCGGGGACGCUGCCCAAGGACGAGCUCCUGCAGCUCAAGAAGGAGGUGACCGGCAAGAUCGACUACGGCAACAAGAUCCUUUCACUGGACCUGGUGGUGCGGGACGAGGAUGAAAACAUCCUGGACCCCGACAGGACCAGCGUCAUCAGCCUCUUCCAGGCGCACAAGAAGGCUGCGCAGACUGUCACGCAGCGCAUCCAGGAGGAGAUGAGCCCGCAACAGAGCGCGCUGGGCUGCAGCGCCCGCCUGGCAGCUUCGCCCUCCCACAGCCUCUACCUCUGCGUGCGCAACUUCGUCUGCAACAUCGGCGAGGAGGCGCAGCUCUUCAUGGCACUGUACGACCCCGGCGAGCAGCGCAUGAUCAGCGAGAGCUACGUGAUCCGCUGGGCCAGCACGGGCGUCCCCCAGGACAUCGAGCUGCUCAACAACCUCAAGGCCAUCUUCACGGACCUGGGCAGCAAAGACCUGAAGCGGGAGAGGCUUUUCCUGGUGUGCCAGAUCAUCCGGGUGGGACGCAUGGACCUGCGGGACACCUACAGCCGCAAGCUCAGCACGGGCCUCCGGCGGCCCUUUGGCAUCUCGGUGAUGGACAUCACGGACAUCACCAAGGGGAAGUGCGAGAGCGACGAGGACAAGCAGCACUUCAUCCCUGUGCACCUGGCGGCUGCUGACAACGAUUUUCUUCACAACAUGAUCAGGAAAGCGGUGGAGGGGAAGGACAUCAAUCACAAGGGACAAGGGUUCUGGGUGUCCCUGAAGAUGCUGUGGGGAGACUUGAGCCAAGUGCGGAAGGACCAUCCCCACCUCGUGGACCGCAGCACGGUGGUGGCACGCAAGCUGGGCUACCCGGAGGUCAUCAUGCCAGGAGACGUCAGGAACGACAUCUACCUGACGCUGGUGCAGGGCGAGUUUGACAAGGGGAACAAGAAGACACAGAAGAACGUGGAGGUGACGGUGUGCGUCUGCGACGAGUCGGGCAGCGUGGUGCAGAAUGUGAUUUACCACGGCGCGGGGGACAAGCCGGCGAGCGAGUACCGCUCUGUGGUCUACUACCAGCAGCGGCACCAGCGGUGGAUGGAGACGGUGAAGAUUGCUGUUCCCAUUGAAGACGUCCACAAAACCCACCUGAGAUUCACCUUCCGGCAUCGCUCCUCCAGCGACUCCAAAGACAAAAGCGAGCGGAUUUUCUCCAUGGCCUUCGUGAAGCUGAUGCAACCGGACGGCACCACGCUGCGUGACGGGGAGCACGACCUGGUUCUGUACAAGGGCGACAGCAGGAAGCUGGAGGAUGCCGGCGUGUACCUGACCCUGCCUUCCAUGAGGAACCUGUCGGAGAUGAAGAUCCUCUCCGGCUCCUCCUUCCGCGUGAGCGGAGGCAGCACGUCGGUCUUAACCGUGUCGGCCCGGGACAGCUUCCAAAUCUCGACGCUGGUCUGCUCCACGAAGCUGACCCAGAACGUCAACCUGCUGGGGCUGCUGAAGUGGCGCUCCAAGCCCAGCCUCCUCUCCGGGAACCUCCAAAAGCUGAUGAACGUGGACGGAGGGGAGGUCAUCAAGUUCCUCCAGGACACGUUGGAUGCCUUGUUCUCCAUCAUGAUGGAGAAUUCGGACACGGAUGUCUAUGACACACUUGUCUUUGACGCCCUGGUGUUCAUUGUGGGGCUGGUGGCCGAUAGGAAGUUCCAGCAUUUCAACGCUGUCCUGGAGGCCUACAUCCGCCAGCACUUCAGCGCCACGCUCGCCUACAAGAAGCUGAUCUCGGUGCUGACGCAGUAUGUGGACCACGCGAGCCGCGGGGAGCCCUGCGAGCCGCUCAUGCGCACCUUCAAGGCCUUGGAGUACGUCUUCAAGUUCAUCGUCCGCUCCCGGCACCUCUUUGCCCAGCUCUACGAGGGGAAGGAGACGGCCGAGUUCCAGCACUCGCUGCAGGGGUUCUUCCUCUCCCUGAACCAGCUGAUGAAGUCCCCGCUGGAGGGUCCCACGCUGCUCUCCCAGGGAGCAGCCCUGAAGUACCUGCCUUCCAUCCUUGAGGACGUGUUUGGGAUCUUCGACUCCUCUGCGCUGGGGGCCUUGCUGCAGGACUUCGUUGGGAACCUGCCGCCCCAGCGCCUGCUGAAGCAGAAGCUGCAGUCCCUGACCGACAUCGUCAACAGCAAGAUCUUCCAGUGCUACGAGUGCCGGGAGCUGCUGCUGCAGACGGCGGUGCCCAUCCUGCAGGAGCUGAUCGAGAAGGGGGAGGAGGAAGAUGCCUGCAUUGAGCUGCUCAGCAACAUCCUGGAGGUGCUGUACAAGGCCCAGAAGAGAGCGGAGGAGCUGCGAGGACAGCACGGCAUAGGCAAGGGACAGCACAAGGACCGUGGGGAUGCAGAGCUGGUGAAGGUGAAGAAGCACAUCCAGCUGAUCCUGGAGCGGCUGCUGCACACCGUCAAUCGAAGGGUGAUCAUCCUGGACCGGGAGAACACCCUGCGGAGUCACUACGUGGCCUGCAUGGCUGCCAUCCUGAGCCAGAUGGACAAGGACCACUACAGCUCCUACAUCAAGGCGUUCCCCUCCCGGCCCGAGCUGAUGGACUUCCUCAUGGAGACCUUCAUCCUCUUCAAGGACCUGAUAGGCAAGACGGUGUACCCGUCUGACUGGAUGGUGAUGAACAUGGUGCAGAACCGGGAGUUCCUGCGCGCCAUCAACCACUUUGCCGCGACCUUGACAGAGAUGUUCCUGAGCAACAGCAGCUUUGAGCUGCAGCUUUGGAACAACUAUUUCCACCUGGCCGUGGCUUUCCUCACCCAGGACUCCCUGCAGCUGGAGAACUUCUCCCAGGCCAAGCGCAACAGCAUCCUGGCCAAGUAUGGGGACAUGAGAGCCACGAUCGGAGCUUCCAUUCGGGACAUGUGGUACAACCUAGGCCAUCGCAAGAUCGAGUUCAUCCCGGGCAUGGUGGGCCCCAUCCUGGAGAUGACGCUCGUGCCGGAGCUGGAGCUGCGCAAGUCCACCAUCCCCAUCUUCUUCGACAUGAUGCUCUGCGAGUACCAGCUGACCAAGAGCUUCAGCCGGUUUGAGGACGAGAUCCUGCGCAAGCUGGACAGCGAGGUGGAGGGCGGCCGGGGAGAUGAGCAGUACAAGCAGCUUUUUGAGAGCAUCCUGCUCAGCUGCUGCCAGAGACACCCGGAGCUGGCCAAGCCUGGGGAGAACUUCGUCGCGCUGGUGACUGGGCUCCUGGAGCGGCUCCUUGACUACCGGGCUGUGAUGAAUGACGAGAACAAAACCUACAGCAUGAGCUGCACCGUCAACCUCCUGAACUUCUACAAGGAGAUCGACCGCCAGGCCAUGUACAUCAGGUACCUGUACAAGCUGAAAGACCUGCACGUCAGCUACGAGAACUACACGGAGGGAGCCUACACCCUGUUGCUGCACGCCCGGCUCCUCAAGUGGUCGGACGAGGCGAACACAGCCCCCAUGCAGGGCUUGCACAGCCCCAGCCUGCACACCCAGCGCCAGCUCAAAGAAGCUCUCUACAACCAGAUCAUCGACUACUUCGACCAGGGCAAGAUGUGGGAGGAGGCCAUCCACAUCUGCAAGGAGCUGGCGGAGCAGUACGAGAGCGAAGUCUUCGACUACGAAAUGCUGAGUGACAUCCUGCAGCGGGAAGCCAAGUUCUACGAGAAGAUCCUGAAGGUGCUGCGGCCCAGCCCAGACUACUUCGCCGUGGGCUACUACGGGCAAGGCUUCCCCACCUUCCUCCGGAACAAGGUCUUCAUUUACCGGGGCAAGGAGUACGAGCGCCGGGAGGACUUUGAGAUGCGGCUGCUGAGCCCCUUCCCCAACGCUGAGAAGCUGAAGAGCACAUCUCCACCCGGCCAGGACAUCACCGGCUCCCCGGGCCAGUACAUCCAGUGUUUCACCGUGCAGCCGGUGGAGGAAGCCAAGGUCCGGUUCAAGGACCGGAGCAUCCCGGAGCAGAUCACCAACUUCUAUAAAGCCAACCACGUCCAGAAGUUCAGCUACUCACGGCCCUUCAAGAAAGGCCCAAAGGAUCCAGACAACGAAUUUGCAACCAUGUGGAUCGAGCGAACGACCUUCAUAACAGCCUACCCCCUGCCCGGCAUCCUGCGCUGGUUUGCGGUGACCUCCACCACCACGACCAUCAUCUCCCCCCUGGAAAACGCCAUCGAGACCAUGAUGAAAACGAAUGAGAAAAUUAUGAGUGAGAUCAACCGGCACCAGAACGACCCCAGCCUGCCCGUCAACCCACUCUCCAUGCUGCUCAACGGCAUCGUGGACCCUGCUGUCAUGGGUGGCUUUGCCAAGUACGAGACGGCCUUUUUCCAGGAGUCCUACCUGCAGGAGCACCCUGAGGAUGAGGGGAACAUCGAGAAGCUGAAGGACCUGAUCGCCUGGCAGACCCCGUUGCUGGCAGAGGGGAUCCGGAUCCACAGGCGGAAGGUGACGGAGGACCUGCGGCCCUUCCACGAGCGCAUGGAGCAGUGCUUCGUGCAGCUGCGGGCCAAGGUGGAGAGCCAGUACGGGGUGCGGGAGAUGGUCUGCUUCGAGGAGCGGCGGAGUGGACGGCCCCGGUCCAUGGUGUGGGGACCUGACUGGGACCGGCUGAGCCAUGCUGGAGACAGCCUGGAGGCAACCCUGACCCCAAAGCCUGUCCCUCGCACCUCCGAGAGCGAGGACCACAGGAACGAGCGCAAGGAGAAAAGCUCCAGCACCUUCUUCGGGUACCGGCGGCAGGACCUGCGCCAGUCCAUCUCGGAGCUGCCGGAGCCCAAGGACGAGAGGCGGAGACUCUCCCGCAACAUGAGCGAGAGCAGCCUGGGCAGCUCUGACGGGAAACCGCCCCCGCCAAGCCGAGAUGCCCCUGGUGCUCAGCCCAGCGCAGCAGGGCUGUCCCUGUCUCCCACCGGUUUCGGUGGCCGUGUGAAGAGCGCCAGCAAGGCCCCGCCGCUGCCCCGCAAGAUCAGCCCCACCGUGUACGAGACGUUCCUGGAGCACAGCGAUGCCGCGACCGGAGGGAAGGCAUCCGCACCGCCGACAGCAAACGGAAAUAAAGGGCUGAAGUCGCCACCACCUCCGCCACCGAAAUCCAAGCGAAUGUCACAGCUCUGACCUGUGCCCGCUCGCAGCCGCGCCGUCCGCUCGCAGCCACCCCUGCCCACGGGGACGGAAGAGCCCGCGGUGCCGCUGCUCCCAGCCGGUCGCUGGACUAACGGCCCUGCUUGAUCCUCGCCCGCCGGACCACCCCUCGCCCGCCUCCCUUGCAGCUUUUACACCAGAAGCACCCUGCACAGCCAGGGCAGCGCCGUCCUGCGCCCAGCCGGGUCUGGCGAUCGCCACGCUCCAGGUGCCCCCCAGGGCUGGGACUCACCCGUCCUCGGGGGCUUCCCAGCCCCAGUGCUCUGCAUCGGCCCCCGGCCGCGCUCGCGUUCCUGCCGAGGCGAAGCAGCUCGCGCCAGCCUGUGCCAGGACGCCUCUCCCGCAGAGCUGUGCCGAGCUCCCACCCACGCAGCCCCCCCAGCGGGACGACCACUGCGCCAGAGGGUUUUCCUCCCUCUGCCCCGAACUGCCCAUGGACCGCGCCACGUGCAGGGUGACAAAGCUCCCCGCCGGCACGGGCCGAGCUCUUCCCUCCCCUCCUGCGCUCUGCCCCAGGGGCAGCUCCUGUCCCUCGGCCGCCCACCCCAUCCCGCAGCACCAGGACAAACGCUUCUGGCCCAGGCGCUCUGACUGCACGGGAGUGGGCCCGGGCAGCGUCGCGCUUUGCAGUGCCAGCUCUCCUGCCGGUAUCUGGCGUUGCAGCCCUGCCUGCGCCAGGCUGGUGCAGCUGCCUUGGCCGGCCGUGCAGGGCUCCGGCCCCGGCCUCCCUGCUGCAUCAGGCCACAGCCACGGCCACCUAAUAAAGGACUAACGCAUC